AUGGUCCCGAAUCCCAUGGCCUGGAACAAAGCCGUACUGCGAGCAUCACCGCUUCACCAGUAUUUUGGGCUCGGUUCCACCAAUCUCCAUCUCAACUAUCCAUCGCGCGCUGUUGCCUUUCCCACGUUUCAGUCGCGGGCUACGAUACCGAGCACAUGGCAGCCGACCGCGGCCGUCAACAGGUCGUUCAAGUGGAUACCAGCCAGCAAUAGGAAGCCCGCCUCGACCCAACAGGCUUCAACGUCGGCCACCUUGCUGGCGCUCGCCAGUCACGAUAUGCAGCCGAGCAGGUCGAGCCGAAGCAAGCAGCUGGCCCUCCCACCCCACACCGGGCUCCGCCUCUUCCAGGAUGAUCAGCAUGCCUCGCUCAGUGCACUUUUCCGCCAUUCCUUUCUGGUGAUCAAUGCGAGGUGA